CACGGAAAUUUUUAUUUGUACCGCCCGGUACAAAUAGAAGUCGUGUUUCCUACUUAUUUUAGCCAAUAUAUAUAAAUCAGCUAUGGCGCCGAUUACCAGGACCUUCGCGGCUCCGCCAAAUUUCGACAAGAAUGGGCUAGAUGGCGAGAAAGUUGUCAUAUCGGGUAUGGCGGGGCUAUACCCAGAGUCGCAUAAUGUUAAGGACCUUUCGAAGAUCCUUUAUAACAAGGAAAAUCCUGUAAAUGUGGAGAAUCCUCGCUGGCAUUAUGAUCAUCCAGAAGUGGCUCAUUUCACCGGUAAAGUGCCCGAACUCAGGCUGUUUGAUGCUCAAUUCUUCAAAGUGCAUUAUCGUCUCGGUAACAACAUGGAUCCUAUGGGCCGGAAAAUUUUAGAACAGGCAUAUCAAGCCAUUUACGACGCAGGUAUUAGUCCAGCAGAACUUAAUGGAAAAAAAGUCGGUGUUUAUAUUGGAAGUUGCUUCUCUGAAACUGAAAAGGCUUGCUUUUACGUGUCAAGUUCGAGAACUGGUUUCGGUAUUGCAGGGUGUAGUAAAACUAUGUUUGCAAACCGAAUCUCUUAUUGGUUGAAUGCCAAAGGACCAUCUAUGGCUAUUGACGAAGCUUGUAGCAGUUCGACUGGAGCUCUUGAAUUGGCCUACCUAGCAAUCAUGCGCGGCGAAUGUGAAGCAGCUAUAGUAGGAGGAGCUAAUUUAUGCUUACAUCCCCAAUCUUCUGUGCACUAUGGAAGAAUUAUGCAAAUGUGUAUGGAUGGUAAAACAAAAUCCUUUGAUAGCAAUGCUGCUGGAUGCGCAAAAUCUGAAGCUAUCAAUGUUUUAUUCCUGCAAAAGGCUAAAAAUGCUCUAAGAGUUUAUGCGGAAGUAGUUCAUGUCAAAUGUGAAUUUACGUCGAUACUGAAAGACGAAAGGGGUUCCUCAAGGUAUGGUUUCUACAGAAAUCCAUCGGAUACCGCCAAUUUUAUUAAGCGUUUCUAUGAGGAAGCUAAAAUUUCGCCCGAAGUUGUUGAAUAUGUCGAAGCUUUUGGUUCAGCUGUUUCUGAAGCUGAUAAAUCGGAAUUGGAAGCUAUUGAACAAGCUUACUGUCAAAAUAGAGACCAGCCACUUUUGAUUGGAAGUGUUAUGUCCAAUAUUGGAUACGGUGAAGCUGCUUCGGGAAUAUCAUCGAUCACUAAGGUUCUUCUAGGGUACCACACCGGUAAACUUGCUGCGAAUUUGCACUGUGAUUCGCCGCGUCAGGAUGUAGCUGCUCUUCGCGAUGGAAAGAUUAAAAUAAUAACUGACCACCAGAACUUUGGCCGCCACUACACUGCCGUUAAUGGAAUGUCAGUCACCGGAGUCAAUACACACGUUCUGUUGCAUGGUCAUUACAAGCCAAAGGACCCAACACGUUACAAGUCAAGUAUACCACAACUAGUGACAUUGUCAGGAAGACAAGAAUCGUCAGUAAAGAAAAUUAUUGAUGACUUGAAAUCUCGACCCAUUGAUCCAGAGGAAUUGGCACUGUUUAGAAAUAUUCACAAAACCAGUGUUUUUGGUCAUUUAGGAAGAGGAUAUGCGAUACUCGAUACAAAAGAAAAUAAUGAAACCGUAAGCAUUGCUGAGAAAACUGAUUACUUUGAUGACGCCAAGCGGCCGCUUUGGUUUGUAUACAGCGGAAUGGGAUCCCAGUGGGCAGGCAUGGGUACACAACUCAUGCGGAUACCGAUUUUCGCUGCAUCCAUAGAACGUUGUCGCCGUGCCUUGGAACCUAAAGGAAUCGAUAUUGUUCAUAUUAUAACGUCACCUGAUAAAACAAUAUUCGACAACAUUCUGCACUCGUUCGUCGGUAUCGCAGCCAUUCAAAUUGGUCUCACUGAUAUUCUCAGUGAACUGGGAAUCUUUCCAGAUAAGAUAAUUGGUCACAGUGUUGGUGAACUAGGAUGCGCAUAUGCGGAUGGUUGCUUUACAGCCGAAGAGAUGAUUCUAUCUGCAUACAGCCGAGGCUUAGUGUCCUUACAGACUCCUUUCAUUAAAGGAUCAAUGGCCGCAGUCGGUAUUGGAUACCAACGGAUAUCAAAAAUGUGUCCACCAGAAAUUCAAGUCGCAUGUCAUAACGGCCCCGACUCCAGUACUAUUUCCGGACCUGCUAAUGUUAUGAGAGAAUUUGUUGCCCAUUUGACUUCGAAAGAUAUUUUCGCGAAGGAAGUGCCAUGUUCAAACAUUGCAUACCACUCACGAUACAUUGCUGAAGCAGGUCCUGGUCUGCUUAAAUAUUUAACCGAAGUAAUCAAAUCGCCAAAGCCUCGAAGCGAGCGUUGGGUUUCAACAUCUGUUCCGCAAGAUCGUUGGGAUGAACCAAUUGCUAAGUAUUCCUCGGCCGAAUACCAUACCAAUAAUUUGCUGAAUUCGGUACUUUUUGAAGAAACGUCCGUAUUGAUUCCACCUAAUGCAGUAUUAGUGGAAAUCGCGCCACACGGCCUUCUUCAGGCUAUUCUCAAGAGAUCGCUACCUGACUCCUGUAGACAUAUACCACUUACGAGACGUGGACAUCAAGAUAAUGCACAAUUCUUGCUUGAGGCUAUCGGAAAGCUUUACAUGGAAGGAUAUAAUCCAAAAGUAGACACACUCUAUCCCAAAAUUGAAUAUCCCGUUUCUACUGGAACGCCAAUGCUUUCACAUUUAGUAGAAUGGGCACAUACUGAGCGAUGGAACCUAGCUCUCUAUAUGGCAGCGCAUAGAAAAACGGCAGCCGCUUGCAAAAAUGUAAUAUCAACUCAUGACGAUAAUAAUAAUUAUUUGAGAGGUCAUGUGAUUCAAGAUAAGAAUAUGUACCCAUUUGCGGCGGUACUCGUAGCAGUUUGGGAUACUUUAGCCAUGGUGUCGGGAGUAGAGAGGAAACAGCUGUCGGUGGAGUUCCGAGAAGUGCAACAACAUUCGCAGCUGCCACUCCACAAUCAACGGCAACUUAGAAUCAACGUAGCUCUGCAUAGAGGCACAGGAAGAUUUGAAGUAUUGAGCAUGAAAAUAAAAAUUGCAACAGGGUACAUUGUUGGAGAAAUAAAAGACGAAAAACCUAAAGAUGACGUCACAUCAAAUGAACCCAAGACUUUAGAAUCAGACGACAUUUAUCAAUUACUGUAUACCAAGGGCUACAAUUAUUCUGAUGAAUUCAGAAGUAUUUAUAAUGCGAAUAUGUCUUUAACUGAAGCGAAUAUAAUAUGGCGUGAUAAUUGGGUAACAUUUAUUGACGGCAUAAUUCAAUUAAAUACACUCAGGCGAACAUACGAGAGAGUUUCUCAACUGCACUCUAUAAGCAAGAUGGUAAUCAAUGUUAGUAAGCAUUUGGAGAUGGCAAUAUCAAUAAACGACAGUACCUUGGUAAUGCCUGCUAAAGUAAAUGAGCUACACAAUUACACGAGGUGUGGAGGUGUUGCUAUAGAAAAUAUAAGAUUUUAUGACUUACCACCAACAGUAAACAAGAAUGUGGCACUUAAAUCUGUGCAAAAAAAUAAAUUAGAUGUUAUCGAGGAUGGACAAUAUUAUCUGCCAUUACGCGAAAAUCGUGAUAUGACGCUAGAAAUUAAGCGACAAGGUGAUUUGGACUCUUUGCAUUGGGUGGAUGGAUCAGAAUCCAAUAAGGAUGGUGUAAAAGUGACGGUGCGCUAUGCUGGUAUAAACGAUGUGGACAUGAAGAAGAAAAUGGGACUUGUUGCUUUGGACAAAGACCAAACAAAAACCAUGCUCGAUUUCAGUGGAAUUACCGAAAGCGGGGCACGUGUUAUGGGAAUCGUAUAUGACAAAUCAAUCAAAACAUCCGUAAGAGUUAAACCGGAACUAUUAUGGCCAGUACCAGAUCACUGGAGUCUUGAAGAUGCUGCAACAGUUCCUUUGGCAUACAGUGUGGCGUUCUACUGUCUUAUAAUGAAGAGUAAAUUUAAAAGUGGCAUCAAUUUGUUAGUCCACGGUGGUGCUGGUGCUCUUGGUCAAGCAGUUAUAUCGAUUGCCUUAGCUCAUGGAUGCCAAGUUUUCACUACGGUCAGUGACACUAAGAAGAAACAAUUCUUGCAAAGGUUAUUCCCAGAAUUAAAAGGCGAAAACAUUGGAAACUCGCGUGAUAUAAGUUUCUCAGAUAUGGUCAUGAGUGCUACGAAAGGCAAAGGUUGCAAUAUAGUAAUUAGUUGUGUCCGAGGAGAAAUCAAAAACGCUACAAUUAAAUGUUGUCACGAAUCAUCAACUUUCAUCGAUGCAGCAGUUUUACUAAAUCGGGAAGAGUUCUUCUUCGGAAUGAAGCAUCUGACAAAAUCUGUAUCGUACUGCACCCUUGAUUUGAACUCAACCGUAGAAUAUAAUCUAGUCGAUGAUUUGAAGCAAUUGCAACAAAUGUUAAGUGAAGGAAUAGCUCGUGGAUACGUAAGGCCACUGUCACGCGUGACUUACGCGCCCCAAGACGUGUCAAGAGCCUACCGCUUGCAAGCCGGCAGUCGCCAUCGAGGCCGCGUCCUUAUCAACUUACAAGAGGACCCGUCUUACGUUCAAACCAAAAUAAGCUGCUCUCCUAAUCUUUACCAAAUUAUAGUGUUGGAAAAUGAAGUACUGGGUUCGCAUUUAGUUGAAAGAUUGAUAAAUCGCGGUGCCAAAGAGAUCAUUUUAAUUUCUUCAAAUCAAUCGAACUGUCUUUCUUACAAAUUAAGAACAUGGGAAAAACAAGGAGUUCAUGUCCAAUUACUACUUAAAAAUGUAAAUACCACAAACCAAAAUAUAUUCGAAAACAUUAAAACUAUUGGCAUCGAAGGUAUUUAUUACGUUGCUUCACCGGAUGCUCAAAGGGAUAGAAAUAGCUUGGAACAAUUAAUGCUACUUGCACAGAGAUCGUCUUCUACAUUGAAAUUCUUCGCAGUCAUAAGUAAUGACAACGACAAUUUGAUAAAAACUAUGGCGGAUAAAAAUCACGAGAAGUUGACUUUAAUCAAGUUACCAACUUUGAAAAAGGAUACAAAUGUUGGAGUCAAAGGAACUAUUACAGUAUAUGACGCUAUUGAUGCUGUGGAAAAAGCGCUGUGCUCAAAACGACACGUUGUAUUUGUGGACUGUGCUGAAGAACCUCCCAAAAAUUUGUUACAACAAUUGAGUUCAUUAGCCGGUAUACAAGUACCAGAUGAUGCUGAUGGUGAAGCGACAUUACAAGACUUUGGUAUAGAUCCCAUUAAUUUCGGAGUCAUUCAAGUUUAUAUGCGCGAUGUCUGCCAUAUAUCAUUAGACGAGCGUGAAGUACAAUUGCUAACUAUUGAAAAGAUUCGUGAUUUAGAUAAUGGUUUAUCAGACACUGUUUUUAAAGAGACGGACGGCUUAGAAACAUUUAUAUCAUACGUUGAUCAAGAUGAGCUUUUAGCAACAACUGAAAUGGUAUUUUUACCAACCCUUACCAACAUAUCUGCACAGCGUGACGAUGAAUUUGAUGUUAGCCAAACAUACUUGUGUGUGGUGCCUGGUGUGGAAGGUCACCAUGCUCGUUUCCAAGUGUUAUGUGAACGACUCAAGCUGCCCGCCAUUGUACUACAGCCUGGACUGGACUCACCACAUCAGACGAUACAAGAAAUGGCAGACAGAUUUGCAAAAAUUCUUCUCAAAAAGAAAUUGUCGGAUGGAUUUUACUUACUAGGAUAUGAAAGUGGUGUACUGGUAGCUUUAGAAAUGGCGGCGAUUUUCGAGGAACAAGGUUUAACUGGUACUGUUUUCUGCGUCGGCGGCGCUCCUAAUGACAUACAGGAGACCUUUGAAGAAAAACUUAAGAAUUUCAAAACCGAGGAAGAAUUACAGGAUGCUGUCGUGCGUCAUAUGUUUAAAUUAAUGACUAAUGAUGAAAAUACAGAGCGGUUAAACAGUGUGCUACAAAACAGCAUGACUUGGAAUGAAAAGGUAUCCGCGUGCGUUAAAAUGCUCUCAGGUCACGUGGUACAUUCGAACCAAUACACCGAAGAGAAUAUUAAAGCAGCAUAUGGAAGAAUAAUUCAAGUUCGCAAGUGUAACAUGCAGCCGCGACGACUUCGUUCCAAAAUUGUAUCUAUGCGACCCAAAUCCAACAAAGUAGGUAUAUCAUCUCUACAAAAUUAUUCAAUGCAACCUGUCGUGGAGUAUGAAUUAGAAGCUCCACUCGCCUAUGCUGCACAAGAUUUACGCGGCAGUGCCUUUAUAAACCGCCACUUGGACCCUGCUAUCCUGGAAGCAUUUGAAAAGAGAAAUCUGUGUGAGACAUAUAUCUUGAAUUCGGACACAUUCAUGUCAAACAAUGAUGAUGUGUAAAACAUUUUAAGUUAUUUUCUUUUAUUGUUCAAAUAAAUAUAUUCCAAGCAUACGUUUCCCAUCAUUA